GCGCUGCAGCUGGCCACCCUUCUGGCCGCCCUGAACCUUGCUCCCGCCGUGCUGGGCCCUGGCGGUAACUCGCCACCCUGCGUGCGGCUCGUGUUUGCCACCUGCUUUGUCUUUAUCGCCGGUGGCUCCGUGCGCCGCGUCCCGCGCUAUGGCCCACUCGCGCCCGCCCACCAUGACAUGCAGCCGGCGCUGCGGCGCCGCGCGGGCCGCAUCAUCACUGGCCUUUACAGCCAUUAUGCCCGCCGUCCACUGCCGGCCGCCGCAGCGCCACCUGAUCGCGACAGCGGCGCCGCCGCCGCCGCUUGA